GGUUAAAGAAAAAAAAAAAACCUUUGUAAGGAGGGUAAUGCAAGAGAUGCACUAGCAGGUUUGACGAGUAGUUCAACAUGUUGCUUUGUCUCACUGCUGUUAUUAGCGCCAUUUCUUGCAUUAAAAGGCCUUCAAUGUAACAAUCACCAGCACAUCUAUCACGUGUAAAAAAAUAUUUGAGUACUUUUCAUGAUACAACGCACCAUCUCAAACCCCAGCGAGGAGCACUACGAGGUAACACGUGACGUUUCCGACAGGCCUGCUGAGAGUUCUGUUGGCACUGGCUGCAAUUGGCAGACAAGGAAGUACCUCGUCAAGGAUUUGAAGAAUGACCAUGGUGCCACUCUCGAAGAGAUCGGCGUCUCCUUGUUGUCCUUUGAUUGGACGGUUGCCGGUAGUUGCCUGUUGGGAAAACUCAUCUUGAAACGACCAGACGACUCAUCUGAAAAUGAGGCCGUGCACAACAGCUCCAGCAAUGAAGGUUUGGAAGACUCCGUGCCCGACAUAGGGGCACGGAGCGAUGGAGCCGAGCCGCACACGAAGCGUCAGCGAGUUUAGGACAGCGAGACCAGUGGUGUGAACUUGAAACUGUUAAAUGAUUGGCCUGAUACCACGACGUCGACUGCCAAUAGCACCUGCCACGUGGCACAGGAUGAUUUUAUACAUUAAAUGAGUUGCAGCCUGCUGACCCAGAAAUUGAGUGUGUCUGAUUGCAACACAGUAGACUGCCGAUAAAUCGUACUUGGGAAAUUCGAAAUUCCAGUACCGACGUGAAAUUUCU